AUGGAAACAAGAUUCCUCAGGAUGUUUCAGAAUCAGGGAUGCAAACAGAAAACGCCUAUUGAUCCUCUUUAUGAUAAAGGUUAUUCUUGCUUUGCCUUGUAUUUUGAGGGCAUUGCUUUUGACCAUUUGUUUUGGUACAAAUUUCUGCACUUCAGUUUGUUGGGUCACCUUAGUCUUUACUUCCCUAUUGUCUCAGUAAUUCUCAGGGGUCAGCAAAUCCGCAUACUUCUUCCCCUUCCCCUGACUCUGCUUCUGUAUAAUAAGGCUGUGACCAUAAUGCCUGUAAGCAACAGAUAUUUUCCACCAUGCUACCUCAUUUAUUUGUUUGUGCAGAACAUAACUCCCAAACCACCUUGUAUGGAGAAAAACAUGACAUUAUUCGAAGAAAUAGCAGCCAGAUUUACGUUAAGAUGGGAAAGUAGGGCGGCUAGUUCUUCCAUUACUGAGCAGAAUGGGACAGUCAAAGAUGAAGUUUUGCCGAAGAAAAAGAUUGAAGCUACUCCUCCUAUAGUCCUAUGCCUAGUAGAGAACAACAAGUUGAUGGCAGAAAUCAAAUGGAAAGCAGGAGAGACUGACUCAGCAGCUUCUCUCUCUUACAACAGCUUCUCUCUCCUCCAACAGCUUCUCUCUCUUCGAGCUUCAACAAUGGAGGACGAUUUAAUCGAUUUGAAUAUCGAUUUAAAUCGCGCAAUAGAAGAAAAAUUGUAUAAUUAUGACGAUGAAGAUGAAGGCACAUCUCAGCAAGUUAUGGUUGCAAAUCAAUGUAUUGAAGAAGGUUCAAUAAUACAUUCAAUUGAUACAAACCACAACAUCUUUGAAAAUCCAAAUAAUGAGCAGGAAGAAAACAUUGAUAAAGAAUUAGAUGGCAGUUUAAUUGGAGAAGCAAGGAAAACAACCGAUGAGAUUUAUGAUCUAUAUUGCAAACAUGCUGCUAUUAUUGGUUUUAGUGUACGAAAAGGGAAGAAUAGAUAUAAAGAAGGAACCACAAUUGUUAAUGGAAAAUACUUCUACUGCUCUGCUGCUGGAAUAAGAGACCCUCCUAAAAACAAAGAACUCAAAAAUGAAGAUGAUCAAUCAGAUGCAAAAAAGAAAGAAAGGAGAAAGAGGGUUAUGAUAACAAGAACAAAAUGUGAAGCUCAAAUAUUUGCAAAGAAGAAUGAAAAUGGAGAUUUUGAAAUAGAAAAGCAUGUAGUGGUACAUAAUCACCCAUUGACAAGAGAAAUAAGUAAUUAUCUCCACCGAUCGGAACGACAAAUGACAGAACCUAAAAAAGAAGCUAUUGAGGCAAUGUCAGAAUGUGGUCUAAGACCAAUGGAGUCUUAUAGGUAUAUGUCAACAGAAACUGGCGGAGACGACUGUGUAGGUCAUACGAUGAUUGAUCAUCUAAACUACUGCUACAAGUUAAAAAUGAAGCAAAUUGAUGGCAAGGAUUCACAAACACUAGUGAACAAACUGUAUGACAUACAAUCAAUAGAUCCCGAGUUCUUUUUCAGAGUAAGACUCAAUGCUGAAGGAAAAGUUGAGUGCCUAUUUUGGAGGGAUUCUAUGAUGAGAGAAUAUUACAAAAUAUAUGGAGAUGUUCUAGUUUUUGAUACUACAUUCAGAACCAAUAAGUACAAUCUCAUAUGUGCUCCAUUUGUUGGUAUCAAUAACCAUUGGAAAAACACAAUGUUUGCUUGUGCUUUCAUUGGGGAUGAAACCACAGAAUCUUUCGUUUGGGUGUUUGAAACUUUUCUGAAGGCUAUGGGAGGAAAGCACCCUAUAUCAAUUUUCACUGAUCAAGAUGCAGCUAUUGCUGCUGGAAUAGAACAGGUUUUUCCUUCUUCAAGACACAGGUUAUGCUUGUGGCACUUGAGUAAAAAUGCAAACAGUAGGUUUGGUUUAUUGAAGUCUGAUAAAAACUUCAAAAACGCAUUCUACAAGUGUUUAAGUGGGUGUAUAACACCAAAUGAUUUUGAAGAAACUUGGAAAUCUAUGAUCAACACUUUUAAGCUGGAAAAAGAUGACUGGUUCAACAGAUUGUAUGGUCUUAAAGAAAAAUGGUGUACAGCUUUAAGUAAAGAUUUUUUUUCUGCCGGUAUACUUUCUUCACAAAGAAGUGAAAGUACAAACCAUGAUAGCUAA